UGACAGAGGCGUGACACAUAACAUUUGCGACCGACACAGUACUUUGCUUAAUCGACAGAUUAUUUCGAUCGAGUGCUCAAGCCUUGCCCAAGGAUGGCUUUUCGACCGUUUCAUCCAUCCGCAGCUGACAGUAAAGGCAAGAUGGCCUCUAAGUGGGACAAAGAGACGGCGAGGGACAUCUGUGCUUGGAUUCAGAGGGCCACAGGAGAAUCUGUCCCCUCGGACGAUCCUACUUCCUUUGCUGAGACGUUGAACGAUGGUCAAACACUCUGCAAGCUAGCCAAUCAGAUAAAACCAGGCGCAAUAAAGAAAAUAAACAAAAUGAAGAUGCCAUUUCACAAGAUGGAAAACAUUGGGUGGUUUAGUGAUUUUUUGAGAGAGUAUGGUGUGCAAGCGGAGUAUAUAUUUGUCACAGUAGAUCUCUACGAGAAACAAAAUGUUCCACAAGUUCUUAUUGCUUUGAAAUGGCUGAAAAUAGAGUCGGAGAAAAAUGGUGUCAAGCUAUGAGGAACCAUUUUCAAGCUCUCUUUGGCGUAUAUUGUAAUUUUCUCUUAGACAUGUCUUAGAUUUUAUUUUUCAUCUGUUUCAUGAAAAAUCAUCCGGUUUCAGAGAUAGAGCUUAGCAGUGUAAACGUUAUUCAGGGCUUUUUUUGUGGAUGAUGUGCCUUGUCGUAGUUUCAGUCUAAAAGUAUUGUUUUUAAGUUAGCAGACAAUUUUGUCAGCCGCGAGGCUGGAAGAGUGGUUAGACAGUAUCAUAUUUAUUUUGGAAUUUACCUUUCCCGUCGUUGACGUGAAGAUAAAUUAACUUUAAGUUGAGGUCAAAGUGUACGUGUUGGAUUAGAAAAGUAAUUUUAUGUGUUGCAGUGAAGAAAUAAGUUAUGAAAGUUAGGCAAAGAAGAAUUAAACCUGAAGUGGGUCCACGAGUUAUAUUA